UUCAGUUGCUUUUGGAGCUCGGUCCUAGACGGACGUGUACGACAUUUCUCUUCGGUCGUUUUGCAUUGUGUUUAGACAUUUUCUCUCUGUUUCACUUGUUGUGUUUGGGGACACGUGUCUCGUUUUUCUUGUCUUGUUGUUCUUUUCGUCUUGGUGAGGCUGCCAUCGUUUCUCCCUUGGUAACUUGUGCUUCCAGUGGUUUUGAAACGUCGAAAAAAAAAUAAAAAUAAAAAGAAAAACAAAAGAAAUGUUAUCGUCGAACGGCAAUCCUUUUUUAAGAGCGGAAUACCUCAACCCACCGCCGGCCACCAAUACGAUGGAUUCGAAAAAGAGUCCACUGGCUUUACUGGCGCAGACGUGCAGCCAAAUCGGCGCUGACCCGACGCCAACGACGGCAACCAAAACGACGACGACCACGACGACGUGCAAUGCGUCGGUGGUGGAAUCACGCAAGAAAUCGGCCAGCGAAUGUUCGCCGCACGACAAGAGGGACAGUGUCGGGUCGAUGGUGCCGACGACAGAAGCCAACAACAACAACAACGGCGUCCAGCAGCAAGAGCAACGGCCAGCCUCGUCGCCCACCAACGCAGCCACGACGCAGCUCAAAGCCACCACGGCCAAAAAGACGUCUGACGUCUCGGCCAACAACAAUCGACUGACGCCGACGGAUCGCCGAUCGAAAAGCACGUCACCUAAAAAUCGAUCGUCGGUCCAUUCACAGCCAUCGGCCGUGGAUCAUCCGGCGGCGGCCACGGCAUCGGCUGCAUUCGUCAAUCCUCUGCUGCUCGUCAGCCCAUCUCAACAGCAAUUGGCUGGCGGCAAUCAUCCGUCGCCACAUCACCACCAUCAGCUCAUGAUGGCCGCAGCGUUGGCUCACGGAUCGUCGGAUGCGUCUGCUUCGUCGGCCGCUGCAGCCGCCAUGUCGCUGGCCAACAGUUACAAAUCGCUGAUGGCCGCCUCUGCUGGAAUGGCUUACGGCGGCCACCACCACCACCAGAAGCAGCAGCACCCCCAGCAGCAGCAGCACCACCAGCAGCAGCAGCAGCAGCACCGCCACCACCACCCGUCGCUGAGUCCUUAUCCGCAUUCUGCGUACUCGCCUCACCAUGCGUCUGUGGCUGGUGCCAGCGCCGGUUACGGUCCGCCUCAUCCGUCAGCGCUCGAUUUCGGCGCCUACGCCAACGCCUUGAAUGCGGCCGCCGUUGCCAAAUCGACUUCUGCUGCCUCUAGUGGAAAUGCUUUCAUUCCCACUUCAGCCGCCACGGCUGCCAUGAUGAAUGGCUAUUUGGCCAGUCAAGUUCAUCCGGCCUACUCUGUCGCCGCUCUCCAACAAGCCAUGCAUCAACAACAGCACUACGGCAACGCUGCUGCUGCUGCUGCUGCUGCUGCUGCUCCACCACCUCCACCUCCACCAACUCGAUUGCCAUCUUCUUCUUCUUCUUCAGCUGCUGGACUAGUUCAAUCCAAACCGACCAAUAGCAAUGCAGAUGCGGCGUGUCGAGAUCCCUAUUGCACCGGAUGCCCGGCUAGCGGUGUCGCCGCAUCGUCUUCUGCUGCUGGCCAAAUUCACAUGGUGUGCACAGUCGGAUGCGCUUUGUCCGUCCCGUGUGACCACAUCAAAGUGCCGAUCGCCGCACAUCACCUGCAAAUGCUAUCGGCUCCAGGGGCAUCGAGUCCCGGAUCGGCCAAUGGCCAACCGCCUCCCUCUUCGCCUCAUCAAAACAACAACAACAGCAGCAGCAGCAGCAGCAGCAACAACAACCGGCCCUACAUUUGCAAUUGGAUUGUGGCCGAUAAUUAUUGCGGCAAAAGGUUCGCCUCUUCCGACGAUCUCCUCCAACAUUUGCGCACGCACACCAAUUUAUCCAGCGCUGGCGCUGCUACUGCACCGCCGUCCGAAUCGCUUUCAACCUCGUCGGCCACUGGAUUCGCUCAUCCGUCGUCGAUGAUGCGCGCAGCCUAUCCCACUCCGCCGCUCAGCCCGUUGUCAGCCGCCCGUUACCAUCCGUACGGCAAAGCCAACCCGUCGACGACGACGACGACGACGACGAUGAGUGCCACGUCGUUAGUAGCACCUCCGCAGCCUGGCGCUUACCCAUCGGCGUCUGGACUCUUCCAUCCGGGCAUGGCGGCAGCCAUGGCGGCCAUGGCUGCGGCCGGAUCUGCGGGACCUUACGGUGCAGUGCCUCCUCCUCCAUCGGCUGCUGCUGCUGCUGCUGCUGCUGCUGCUGCUCACCUGUUUCACAUGAACCCGGCCCUAGCUCCCUAUUACUCUCACUUGUCUCUCUUUGGCCAUCAGACGAACAAUCAAGCGUCAACGCGACACGUGCCCGGCUUAGGUCCAGCACCUUUAGGAGGAGCUGGACUAGGAGGGCAGCCUUAGAAUUUUUUUUCUUUUUUCUUCUUAUUAAAAAAGGACAAGACUUGAAACACGUGCAAUAAUAAAAGUAUCGAAAUCAAAAUGAGAGAGUGGGGGGUGUGUGGUGUGGCUGGCCGAAUGUACAUAGACAGCGAUAUAAAUAGAAAUGGUCUUGUUAGUUUA